CUCCGCUGACGUCAGGACGCCCCGCUACUUCAAGCCUCCCAGCUCUGGAGUCCCUCGCGGGCCGGGGCGGGGCGUCUGGCCAGCUGAGCUAUUCCGGCUGACCGCGCCAGUUUGAAUGAAAGCUCCGCAAGAUGGCGGCGGCCGGAGGCGAGGCCGAGAGAGGUGAGACGGGAGCGCGGUGUCCCCGGCCGCCAGGUCCGCUCCCGAGGCCCAAGCCCUGCCGGACGGCGAUGUGGGCGGGACGCCGCCGCGCGGACACGCCGAGCACGGGACGCUCGCGGCCGGCUCCGGGCCCGGGACGCGCCGGCCCCGCGCGAGCGUGCUUCCGAGUCCCGCGGGCCCGGGUCCUCCUCGGUGGCGUGUGUGCACGCGCCGCCUCUUGGAAGGCCUGGUGUGUGCCUUGCCUAGUUUCCCUUGAUACUCUUCAGGAAUUAUGUAGAAAAGAAAAGCUCACAUGUAAAUCGAUUGGAAUCACCAAAAGGAAUCUAAACAAUUAUGAGGUGGAGUACUUGUGUGACUACAAGGUAGUAAAGGGUGUGGAAUAUUAUCUUGUAAAAUGGAAAGGAUGGCCAGAGUCUACAAAUACUUGGGAGCCCUUGAGAAACCUCAAGUGUCCACGGCUGCUGCAGCAGUUCUGCAGUGACAAGAGUAGUUACUUAUCUCGGUUAAAGAAAGGCAAGGCAGUCACUCCAAAAAACAGUAGCAAGCCCUUGCCACAUGCUGUCGCUGAGUACAUUGUAAAUAAAGCCAAGCAAAGAAUAGCUCUGCGGAGAUGGCAAGAUUACCUCAACAGAAGAAAGAACCACAAAGCAAUGAUAUUUGUUGAAAAUACCGUUGACUUGGAGGGCCCGCCUUCAGACUUCUACUAUAUUAAUGAAUACAGGCCAGCUCCAGGAAUCAUCUUAAACAAUGAAGCUACCUUUGGAUGUUCAUGUACAGACUGCUUCUUUGAAAAGUGUUGUCCUGUUGAAGCUGGAGUUGUUUUGGCUUAUAAUAAAAACCAACAAAUUAAAAUCAAACCUGGCACUCCCAUCUACGAAUGCAACUCAAGGUGCCUAUGUGGACCUGAUUGUCCCAAUAGGAUUGUACAAAAAGGCACACAAUAUUCACUGUGCAUCUUUAGAACUAGCAAUGGUUGUGGCUGGGGUGUAAAAACCCUUGUGAAGAUUAAAAAAAUGAGUUUUGUCAUGGAAUAUGUUGGAGAGGUAAUCACAAGUGAAGAGGCUGAAAAGCGUGGACGGUUAUAUGACAACCAAGGAAUCACAUAUCUUUUUGAUCUGGACUAUGAAUCUGAUGAAUUCACAGUGGAUGCAGCUCGAUAUGGAAAUGUGUCUCAUUUUGUGAAUCACAGUUGUGACCCCAAUCUUCAGGUAUUUAGCGUUUUUAUCGAUAACCUUGAUACUCGGCUUCCCAGGAUAGCACUGUUUUCCACGAGAACCAUAAAAGCUGGAGAAGAGCUGACUUUUGAUUAUCAAAUGAAAGGUUCUGGAGAGUUAUCUUCAGAUUCUAUUGACCACAGCCCUGUCAAGAAAAGGGUCAGAACUGAAUGUAAAUGUGGGGCUGAGACUUGCAGAGGUUACCUCAACUGAAACUUCAGGAAAUGGAGAUCAUGAAUGUGUUUUGUUUUGUUCUAAGAACUGAAAAAGUAUUUGGGAUGCCUUUCUAUUAUCAAGAUUAUAUGUAUAUUAAUGUACAACUUGUGUCUCAAGGUAUUUACAAAGUCCAUUACUGUUGCUUCUGAAAAGGACUGCAGGACCACAUAAACAGAAUAUAUUCGGUGGUUACAUACUAAAUAUGGAAAGUGAACUAUUUACAAAUCACCAUAUACUUAGUUAAGAAAUCUGAAUAGACAAGUGUCCCCUUUAGUGUUUGAAAAGCAGUGAGAGAGUGGAUGUUAGGAAACCUUUUCCCGUGACUCAGAUAAUUCAGUUUAGGCAAAGGUACAAAUUUUAUUUUGUUUUACUGUAUUGUUCCUGCUUAAUACUCACUGAUCUUGUAUUUGAGACAAAGAAGCCACACUGAAUUUUUUUACUAUAUUUUCUACUUUUACAUUAAAAUAUCGGCAUCUUAAUGAUAUAUUUCAGGAAUAAAAGUAAAUAUGAAAGA